CCCAUCUCCCGACCCCCCGGCUCCUAGGGCACCGAGGCUCUUAAAUGGUCCAAGUCUAAAGUCCAGGCCCAGUCAGCUCUUAUUCAUGACCAUUUCCAUUUCCCACUCUCGUCCUGUCCUCCUCCUCUCCUCCCCUCAUCAUUCCUCAUCAGGGAGCCGGGUAAUUUCCCGUUCAGAUCCGAGGUCAACCGGGUAGUUCUCCCGUCAUGGAGUCGACACACGAACCAGCCGACCCCGUCGCCAAGGGAGUACUGGCGACGGCCAAACAGUCAUGGAAGGACUUGUUCACCUUCAAGCAGCGCGUCGUCGUGACGAACGAGCUGGGUGAAACAUCUACUGAAUGGGCCCGCCCAGUGCCGCUGCGCAACCCCGUCAGCCUGCUUGCCCAGCUUUCGGCCCGCGACUGGCUCUUCUUCCUCGUCGGCUUCGCUGCAUGGACCGCCGACGCCUUUGACUUUCACGCCCUCUCGAUCCAGCAGGUCAAGCUAGCCGAGUAUUAUGGCACUUCAAAGACGAAUGUCUCGACCGCCAUCACCCUGACCUUGCUGCUCAGAUCGGUCGGCGCCGCUAUCUUUGGCAUGGCUGGCGACCAAUUUGGACGGAAGUGGCCCAUGGUGUUCAACAUGGUCGUGCUGGGCGUCUUGCAGAUUGCAACCAUCUACAGCACAAAGUUUGAGGAAUUCCUGGCUGUGCGCGCCUUGUUUGGCCUGUUCAUGGGCGGAGUAUACGGCAACGCCAUCGCCAUGGCGCUCGAGAACAGCCCUACAGAUGCCCGAGGUCUCAUGUCUGGCAUCCUGCAACAAGGCUAUGCGUUCGGCUAUGUCUGCGCGGCCUGCGCCAACCUCGGCGUCGGCGGCGGCGAUCAAAGCUGGAAGACCGUCUUUUGGAUUGCCGCCGGCCUGUCCAUCGGCGUGGGCGUCAUCCGAUGCUUCUUCCCCGAGUCUAAGCAGUUCAGAGAGGCUCGCAAGGCGGGCAAGGCUCACGCCAGCUUUGCGGAUUUCUGGAAAGAAUCCAAGAUGAUGCUGGCCCAGGAGUGGAAGAUGUGCAUCUACUGCAUCAUCCUCAUGACCUGGUUCAACUUUUACAGCCACACCUCCCAGGACAGCUACACGACCUUCAUGCUGACCCAAAAGGAACUCGACAACUCGGGCGCCAGCCGCGCCAGCAUCCUGAUGAAGGUGGGCGCCUGCGUGGGCGGGACCAUUCUCGGUUACACGUCGCAGUGGUUCGGUCGGCGACGGACCAUCGUCGUGGCCGCCCUGAUGAGCGGCUUUCUCAUACCCGCCUGGAUCCUGCCCGAGGGCGAGCGGGAGCUGUCGGUGUCUGGGUUCUUCCUGCAGUUCUUUGUGCAGGGCGCUUGGGGCGUCAUCCCCAUCCACCUCAACGAGCUGUCGCCGCCGGCCUUCCGCUCGUCCUUCCCCGGCAUCACGUACCAGCUCGGCAACAUGAUCUCGUCCCCCUCGGCCCAGAUCGUUAAUGCUAUUGCUGAGUCCCACAACGUCCGCACCGCGUCGGGGAAGUUGGCUAAUGGAUAUGGCCCUACCAUGGGUAUUGCCACGGCUAUUAUUGCGACGGGGAUUAUUGUUACCACGGCGCUCGGGCCUGAGAAGCGCGGCCGUGAGUUUGAGAAGGCCAGGCCGGCUGGCUUGAAUUUGCCGCGCGAGGGGGGCAAAACGGUCCCGGAUGAUCUGGAGGCGGCGGAGGGUAAGCCGCAGGCGGAGCGGUUGGAGGUUGCGAAUGAGGAACCGGUGAGGGAGAAGAACUGAGCGGUGUGUUGCUGCUGGGCAUGCCAGGCUGGGCAGAUGUAUCCUGUUAUGAAAACCAGUGUUGUGACUUUUCAGGGUACCAGUGUAAUGAGUUUCUAUGCAACGAAGAUAAUGACUUUCGAUGCAAACAGGUGUGAUGAACCCACGGAGAACCUUGUGCCAUGGUCGACCAUUGAGUGCAAACUGAAACCGAUGUAUAGAACUGUUCUUGCCCAUGCAAUGCAGGAAAAUUUCCCAGUCAGUUUCUUUUCUCUAACCCUGAUCUAUCUUUUUGGUACCGGAGGAAGUGAAAUGGUAGAGCCAUAA